AACGCUUCGCUAACAGACUGACGUUUGAUUCCGUUUGAUCAAUAUUACCAAAUCAUUAACUAUAUUAUGGUGUUAUGUUCGUGAAAUGUCUAAAGAAAACGCGAACCUGCGUUUGUUGGGGUCCCCUGUGAAUUUAACAUAUCGUAGUAAGAGGAAAGACGAUAGGAAGAACAUAAGAAACAGACCACGAUCGGCGCUACAGAAUUCCUGUAUUAGUCCGGAACAUCAAGAAAGAUUUAGGAGACCGUUCUCCGCGGACGCGAAAGGGCGAGCUCCUUCCACUAGAAGUUUCUUCAAGACAUUCAGUGCGGAAUUACUGCAAUCAUAUAACAAUUCAAUAACGCCAAUAAAAAUUGUAGCACCAACGCUCGAUUUAUUGACGAAUGGAAGUGCACGCGAGAAGCAAAACGUAAGAAAGGAUCGAGAAAUUUGCAGCAAUGCUUCUGAUUACGGUUCGGAAGACACGUUCAUAAGUCUCGGAACUAAAAUAAAAGCGAGAGCGCAAUUGAGCCCCAAACCCAAAGUAACGAACCCUAAAAACCUGCUAAAGUACAGGAAUAUUGCUAAGAAAGCUAGUAAAAUGGACAGUCCGAUUAACGAAGAAAAUAGUAGAUCAGAAUAUUCAAUGGAAGUGAAGAUAACUGAGAGAACACCGUCUCCGGAGAAGAACAAGAAUAUGUACCGCGACAGAAGUCUGUCUCCUCCUAAGACUAGGUCUUACGAAUCUUAUUUCAUUCCUUUAGACGGAGGAAGAAAAGAAAACGAAGAUAUUGUCGGGAGGGUUUCUUUCAGCUCGAACGUACAGUCUGAAGUUGCAGAUGCGAUUGAUUCGUAUUCUCGUCGUCUGAAUUUAACGAAACAACAAUUGUCCUUGGUAGAGGAAGAAUGCACACAAGAUUUGGAUACUCUGCCAUCGCAUAAUCUAUCAAGUCUAUCGCCUGAAAAUUCUCUCGAAGAUGCUAGAGGUCACGAUCAUAUUGAUACGGCAAGAGGCAACGACUUGAUGGAUGAAAUUCAAGGAAACGAAUACAGCGAAGCAUCAGCAAUGCUUGUGAGUGAACCUAGAACUUAUACGAGCUUUUACGACGAUAUCAGUAAUGGCGCUUAUAAAAAUAAACUUUCGAGUACCAUUCACACCGACUCGUCGUCCAAGGAUUCAGGAUAUCCGGACAGCGCAAUCAAUGACGAUAAAUGUUAUCGUCAGAAUUAUUCGCUGCCAACAACGACCUUACACGAAAAGGCUAUUACUCAAGAAAAGUUAGAAGAUCAACCAAAAAGCCUUGAUAGUACGUCAUCAUCCGGCAACGGGAAGGUUUAUCAUAAUACACUUUCAUUGGAUAAGAGGAGACAAUGGACAGAACCAUUAAACCACAGCCGAUUGCUGUACAAAGAUUUCUUUUUGCAAAAAGAAGGACACGUUGCCUUGCCUCCACAAAAUUCGCCAAAUAAAGAUAAAGUGAUUAACGAUUCUAACACUAAAAACAUGGAAGAUGCAAAAGAUAACGAGUUCGAAAACGAGAACGAGUUAGAAUAUCCUACGUAUCUUCUAAACAGUACUACAAAAGCUUACACUUCAAAAGUAAUAGAGGAUUACAGACGAGAACUGCAAGCUAUAAAUAAUUUACAUGAAUUGACAAUUAAAGAUAUUAAAUGCGAUGCUAUAUCCCCUACUCCUUUGAAUAUUGACAAGAUGUUUGAAGAUAACAGUAACAUUGGUGACAGAAAAAGAGAAAACACAAGUUAUUCAGAAGUGCAGACGAUUUAUUCCCCGGCUAAGACUAGAAACGAUUUAGAUAUGAGGAAACGAGAUAUUUCAAAAAUAUCUACGAAAGAAUUGAUUCAAAAUUACUUUAAAGUUAAAGAUGGAGAUAUUAAAGAAAACGCGUCAAAAGUUUUGAAAAAGAAAGUUACUAACCUGAGAUCUAAAGACGACAAUUUAGGGUACAGACACGAAUGGAAUAAUAAAACUAGAUCCACUACAAACCAGAAUAUAUCAGUUAUAAGAAAUCAAACACAAAAGAGUUUGCCUACUGCAAAGAUUCCAUCUAGUGCAAGAAUUGAGGGGAUAGAAAAUGAUAAAGACGUGGAAUCUUGGAUGUCUUUGUCGGCUCCUUCGCCAAGAAUACUAGAAGUCGACAGGGAGGAAGUUCUUCCUGAAGAACCAAUGAGAUCUGAGCCUUUGAUUAGUAACGAAAAUAAUAUAGUAAAUGAAAGAGUUGCCUCAUCUAAAACAACUAGUCCAAGAGACAAGGAUUCGUUCAAAGUGAAAGAACUGAAUUCGAACUCAACUGUUUUAGAUAUAUAUUCAAUGUUGAAAGAGAUUGAGAACUGUGGUGAUAAUCCCGUGACGACUGCUUUGAAGAAUCAAGACGAUGAAAAGGCGAAUAGCAAUACAGAAGAAGAGACGCCACUACCAAAGGAUAAUUUCAUGGAAAUAUUUCAGUUUCUGGAGAAGGUUGAACAGAGUGCGAACGAUGCGUUAUCCGUCGUGACAAGCAGCGCGCCACAAACUGUUCCCAAGUUGGAGUCCCUGCUAAAACUGUCACAAACAGAACUCGCGCAAAGACUGGUGACAUCUUCUCUACAGUUGGAAGAGAGAUCCUGCUGCAUCGCCCUGCUGCAGGAGAGCUUGGCCAAUCACAAGGAACAGAUGAUACAGAAAGUGAGCAAUUUGGAGAAGCAAUCGAUCAGAAACAUUAACAAAGUGAAGCAGGAAUGCGAGGACACCAUUAAAAGACACCAGAACUUCAUUGACCAGUUGAUAAAUGACAAGAAAACCUUGAACCACCGCAUCGAACAGCUCGUGGACGAGCGUCGCUCGGCGGAGGAGCGGUGGAAGCGAGCUGCACAGACCCUCGAGGAGCGGUACAAGCUGGAGCUGAGGAACCAGCACGACAAGAUGGCGGCGGCGCAACAGGUGGCGAGACAGCGCUGGGUCCGACAGAAAGCUGAGAAGAUUAAGGAACUUACUGUCAAGGGCUUAGAAGGGGAACUCAGAGAAAUGGCCGACCGACAGCAAAAAGAGGUGUCCGAUCUGAAGAUGUUUCACGCGGAGCAGAUCGGUAGGAGUCAGGCGAAGCACGCACAAGAACUUGAGGAGUUGAGGAGAUGUCUCGAGGAAGAAAAGGAGGCGGCGUUGCUCAGAGAGAGACAGCUGGCUAGUUCUAGAUUAGAAAAGCAGAUACUCGAAAUAGAGUUGACGUACCAAGAACAAAGGACUCGUUUGGUCGCCGAGAUAAGAGCGGAGAACGAGAGAAUCGCCGCUGAACUUGCUGAAAAGGAAAAAGCUCAAAGAAAUGAGAUUGAAAAAUGGCGUCAGGCGGAGGAGAGAGCGUUAAAAGAGAAAAGAUCGCAGCUGGAACACGAGAUAGCUCAGGAAAAAAUUAAACUAGAGGAACAAUUGAAACAGAAACAAGAAGAUUUGGAAAAGAGAUUUGAGGAGCACAAAAAGGAGUUCGAAGCGGAACAGCAAGUGUUGUUAAAGAAGAAAGUGACGGAAAUAGCCGCACAACAUAAGCAAGAGCGAGACAGAGAAAUUGAAAAAGCCAUUGAAAGUAUGGAAGCGGAAGCUCAAACGGGCAGGAAGGAACUACAGGAAGCUUUAAGGAGGAACAAGGAGCAGUUCGAGUUGGAGCUGAAGGAGUUGGCCGAGACGGAGCAGGCGACGCUGCGUCGCUACCAGGACGCGCAGGCCAGGGUGCGACAAACUGAAGACCGAUGUGCCGAAUUGGAAGUCAGUAUUUCACAAUUGGAAACGAGAAAUAGGAUAAUGACAGAAAAAAACAGUCAAUUGGAAGCGAGGGCUGAGGAAGUGAGAGAGAACUGUGAGAAGGUGUGGCAGGCGAAAGUGGACGCAUUGAACAAAAAUUUAGAAGACAUGAAAAGGAUCCACGAGGAACAAAUGCAACAGCUGUACGCAAAGGUGAAAGUGGCAGUGGCAAGAAAGGACUCCGCUAUACAGGCCCUGAAUCGAGAGAACGGGAAAUAUCAGGAGAAGAUAACGAUAUUAGAACAGAAGUUGCAGCAGCAGCGGAAGGACUUCCUCAAACAGAAAUGAACUUGACAUUAGUAGUAGUGUUUAGGGAAUUUAAUAAAUAAAGCAAUGAUAAAGUUA